GAGGGCGGAGCGCGGGCCGGGAGGCGGUGCAGGGAACCCAGCGGCUUCCGCCUCGCCGGUGUCGCCGGCCGGGUACCCUUCGGUGCCCGUGAGGGGAACGGGGCCGGGCCGGGGGUGGCGGUGGGGUGGGGAUCGUCGCGGCGGAGAUGGUGUCGCUGCUGCCGCGCAUCGAGCGGCUCUCGUCGCGCGUGGUGCGGGUGCUGGGCUGCAACCCGGGGCCCAUGACUCUGCAGGGCACCAACACUUACCUGGUGGGCACCGGGCACAGAAGAAUCCUUAUUGACACUGGAGAGCCAGCUGUUCCUGAAUACAUUGGCUGUUUAAAACAGGCACUGUCCGAGUUCAACAUCUCAAUUCAAGAAAUUUUAGUGACACACUGGCAUCAUGAUCAUACUGGUGGAAUACCUGAUAUCUGCAAAAACAUCCCUAGUGACUCUGAAUAUCGCAUCUGUAAGCUUCCUCGUGUCCCUGACCGUGAAGAAAUAAUAGGAGAAGGAAGACAUAAAUAUUCAUAUCUUAAAGAUGGGGAUGUGGUACAGACAGAGGGAGCCACACUCAGAGUUUUACAUACGCCUGGGCACACUGAUGACCAUAUGAUUUUACAUCUAGAAGAAGAAAAUGCUAUAUUUUCUGGUGACUGUAUAUUAGGGGAAGGAACAACAGUAAUUGAAGACCUAUAUGAUUACAUGAAGACUUUGAAAAGGCUAUUACAAAUGAAGCCAGAUUUAAUAUAUCCAGGUCAUGGCCCAGUAGUACGUGAUGCAAACACUAGAAUUCAAGGAUACAUUUCUCACCGAACUGCUCGUGAAAAGCAAAUUCUGAAUGUUUUCCAGAAGAAUGUUGGAAAAUCAUUUACAUCCUCAGAGCUCCUAAGUUUAGUAUAUAAGGACAUUCCUGAAAAUUUACUGCUAGCAGCAGAAAAAAACCUCCUAGUCCACUUGAAGAAGUUGGAAAAAGAAGGAAAAGUGUUAUGUGAUGCAUCUCCCAACUUCAGAUGGAGAAACAAUUUAUAACUUUCACAAGAUUGCUCAAAAACGUUCUCAAUCUGCACAGUUGCUGCAUGAAAAAAACAGAAAGAUGAUUGCAGAUGACAUGUAAAAUAAAAAUUAAUUCUUCUUUCAUUUAAAAAUGUACUAACAAUUUUAAAACAAUGUUAUAGUCAGUUAAAUGAUAAUUUUCGUAUUCUACUUUAUGGGAAUUUAAAAAUUUAUAGGUACUGGGGUUAAUAAAAUAGAACGAAUGUGAAGAACUGAGUGUUACCUCUGUUAUAAAAUGCCAAGCUUUAUCGUUGGUCACAGAAGACAAAUAGCAAAGUCUAUUAUAUUAUAAACUUAAUCAAAGAUAUAAAAAAUCUGUAGGAAAAAGAAUAGAAAAGAUUUGACACUAAAGUUGUUUUCAUUUUCCUGUGCCUUUCAAAAAGUGUCUUUUUAAUAAUUUACCUGUAAAUUCUAAAAAUGUCCAAUUUUUAUUAACAGGUGGAAAUGCUGUUUUUCCUUUUUUUUUUUUUUUUUUAAUUUAUGUGCCUGUGCACAUUUUUGCUGGUUACUCACUGCAAUAUGUUUUAACAAAUGCUGAAAGUACUUCCAGACUUCUCUGUUUCCUCAGGCAAACAUGAUUUCUGUGAAAUUCAUUCAAAGGAUUCAUCAUUAAUUUUAACUACAUUAUAUUUAAAAAAAAUGCACAGAGUUAGGACAGACUUAAAUUCUAUCUUCUAAAUUUCUUCUAAGAAAGGGAUUAAAAAGCUGUGUAAAUUGACAUACCAAUUGUGCACCAUAUGAGGUUAAGUUUUUCUAUCACUUUAUAACUAACAAGCUUCUAAUUUUGCUAUUAACUCCAUUUAAACUACAAUUAUUUUAACUAAAGGUUGUAUUUGAUUGUAAGAUACUGUAUAGUGUGUUAAAAUGCAGUGUUUGAAGAUUAAUUUUAACUUAAGGUUCAGUUUUCCAUGUAGCUUAAACUUUCAGAAUAAUGUAUAAAUAUUUGCUUUACUUUGUGUAUUUAAAAUGUGUGAGUUUCUUAUGAUUUAUACACUCUUUUAAUGCUGGUCCAACUUAAAAAAAUGAGAUAUGAGAUGUUUAAAGGUACCGAAGACAAAUUCAAGGAGACAAUACCGAAGACAAAUUUCAAGGACCAAAAGUCCUUGAAAACCUUUCAAGUCCAGUCCUGAACCGUCAUUUGUGCUUGGGUACUUUGAAUAGGCAUGGCUUAAGAGUUUUCAUUAUCUUAUGAAGUUAAUAGCAUUUGCUCUGAUAUCUAAGCCAGAUCCAAUAUAAAAAUAUACCCAAGAACAGUGAUCCAAAGCUGAAAACAUAUUCCGAAGUAGUAACCAAACCACUGAAGAGGGGAAGCGUUAGCUUUCUGCUCUAUAAAAUCACAGAAUCACAGAAUCAUCUAGGUUGGAAGAGACCUCCAAGAUAUGAUGCUUUUUGUAAACUUUCUCCAUCUGAUUUUCAACCACAUCGUGAUUUUUGCUUGCUUUCUGUGCAGUGCCAUUUUGUAGUCUUUUUCAGGUAUACUGUUCUUAGUUUUUUCUUCCUUAUGUGUUUUCUGUUUACUUUUCCUACUUUCGUAUUUUUCAUAUUUUAUUUAUAUAUACAUAUAUAUAGUAUAAACAUAAAAUACAAAUGUAUACUUUUGUGUUACUUCUGUAUGUUCUGUCUUCCAGUACAAACGCUUUAUUUUUUCUUCUCCUGCCUCCCACAAACAUUGGUUUUUCUCAGUUCUUUUUGGUUUGUUUCUCUCUUCAUAAUUACUCAGAAGCUUUCAUGUACACUUCUUGCCAUUAAUAAUUAUUAUUUUUCUGUAGUUACUUCAUGAAUGUUUGCUUACCCUUUUCAUUGCAAGGAAUGAAAAGGUAAUUAUCAUCACUUCGUUUUUAAAAAGCUAAUUCACAUGCUCUGAAUUAUGACGUUUUGCACAGAAAUAUAAGUGGAAUGGUACAGUUUUCUGUCACGAGGGGAAGCUUGAGUACCUACAGCCAGAACCUGAUCUGAAGUGAUGAUGUCUCAUUACUUUCCCAAGCUAAAGAAGUCUAAUGGCAGCCUAAAUGUCAUUGAACCAUUUUCUUCUGUUUUACUGUGUUUCGUUUUAAAUACACGGAAACAACUUCAGAAUUGAAUUAAAGCAUCUUUGGAAUUUGCAGACAGUGAAGAAAGAGAUAUGAUGCAAAUCAGAGAACUACAUGUUCCAUGCUGUGAUGCAGCAAACACCUAAAAUUCUCAGACGAUGACAGAAAUUGCAGUUUAACCAGACUUGACUUGUCAUUCAUGAUCAUAUAUGGUGUCUGAAAUUUUAAAAGCAGAGAUUGCAGUUACUAAGAUGUAUAUACAUACAGUGAAGGAUACUUGCAACUGCUAUGACAUGUUGUAAAAGUCUUAAGACUCCUUGUUGACUGAGAUUUUAAGUCAGAAGGAAUGUGUAUUUAAAAAUAGAACAGUAAUGUAAGCUAUAUGCCACGUAUGUAUAAAAAUGGGGAUUAGCCUACUUACAUCCCUUGCAUUUGAGUACACUCAUCUGUCCAGAAUGCAUUAAAAGUUAAGAAUAAAAAUAAGAGAAGGGGCAAAUUCUGUCUGAUCAAGAUGGAAGGGCAAAUGUUGUUCAAUGCAUUAACUUUAUAAACAGCUAGGGACAGAAUAUUGAAGGAACACAAAUUUGCUUUCCAGCUUUCCUGGCAGCUAGUUUUAAGAUACUGUCCUGAGAGACAGAAUACAAAAAGGUAGGUUUAUUAGUUUUAAGAGCUAGGAAAGAAUUUUGUUAGAAGUUAUAACCCUUUCAGGUUUUCCAUUCUGUUUCUUGCUAAUUUUAUAUUUAUUGUAAAAUGUCAUUCUUGGUUAUGUUUUUAAGCAUAUGUGAUGAUGGAAAGGUUUCCAAAUAGGAAGGGCAUUGUUCUGUUUUUAUCUGUUAUUUCUGGUGCAGUAAUAUGGUUACUACCAAAUCCUCUAGAGACUUGCAACCUGCAACAGAUUUCAGGCUGUCAGGAACUUCUUUCCUAAGUUGUGUGAUCAUUUUGAAGCCUAGUCUUUCAAUAUAUGGAAAUCUGGAAAGAAACGUGGCAAACAUAGACCAGCAACCCAUUGGCAAGAGGCAGAUUAAGGACUGACAGGCAACAGUCUCAAGCAUUUUAGAUCAUCACACUUCGCCUAAGGUGCCAUAAGAAACAUCAUAUGGCAGAAGAGGGAACUCCAAUAGAAGGAAGGCAUGGAAAAUAUUCAGAUGAGGCAACAGGUUUCUUUAUUUUCUGUUUCAGUAGAGUAAUUUAUAUUAGGAUAAACACAAAAAUGGAUUGAAACCAAGAUCUUCAUGCCUGUGUGACAGGACUGCAGCCAGACGUUCACAGGAUUUGCUGAUUAGAGUGUGAAAAAACGAUGUCGCACCCCAGGCAGUUAGUUAAAUCUUGUUUCCUAGGUUCUGUGGACUUAAUUUCUUUUAAGGUAGAGUUGAGAAAUGGAUUCAAGAAAAAAAGAAUUUUAAUUUUUAUACCAUCUCAAUGUGCUUCGCUUCUGCGGUAUAUUACACCCGUAACUGUAGGGUGUGUAAUUGAGGAUCUACUUUCACAUCAGCCGUUCUUGCAGUAAUGUUCUUCUUGCUUUAGAAUUAUGAAUACUGGUAUGGCCAGGAAAUUGAGAUAUUCCUAAGGUAUAAAAACAUCUUGUUACUGAAAUAUGAAUGCUUGUUCACUUUAGACUUCUUUCUUUCAUAUAUUUAAAAAUAAAAUGUGAGAGGGGAGGGGAAUGUAUGCUGUAUUUUUAAAUACCCUAGAUCGUCUCCAGUUAACCAGUAUCCCUGUCUCCCUAAUUUAAUAAAUUUAUACAGAACCUCUUGA